AUUCUGGCACAAACAAUGAUGAUAAGGCUUAUUUCUAAUGAUGGCUAUGUAGAAUUAGUGAGUUUUCAAAAAUUUGAUUUUUGUUGUUGUUUAUUUCUUCCAGAUCAACUUCGACAUUCAUCGGGUAAUAAACACAUGCCCAUCCAUCCUUCUCGGUUCCAGUGGAACAAAUUUAAGGAUGCUGUACAUUUCUACGUCCUUUUGGGAGUAAUUCCUCUAGGUCUGCUAGUUUUUUGUGUGAAUGUAUUCAUUGGUCCAGCUGAACUGGCAGAAAUACCAGAAGGCUAUGAACCCAAGCACUGGGAAUAUUACAGACAUCCAAUCCAGCAGUUUUUCGCAAGGUAUAUUUAUCCUAGUCCUGAGCAGGAAUAUGAAAAAACUCUGCAUUUCUUAAAUGAAGAAAAAGAAAAGGCUGAGCUCAGGUUGCUUGAGAAGAAGGUUCGCCAACUGAUGGAACAAAGAGGAGACUACAAAGCAUGGUACUACAUACCGGCCCCAGCCAAACAUCACAGAUACGAUAGAAAAGAAGCAGAAGAAUUUGACGAUAGUCGAGGCUACUGAGAAAACUGUGUUUUUAGGAAGCUUGUAUAGUUUAACAUUUUCUUCUUGGUUGUCUAGAAGUAUAAUAGUCGACUUUUUUUUCAAUUAGUAAUCGGUACCAUAUAGAGAUAGUUUUGGAUGCAGAAUGUGAAAAAGUAAUAUCUUUCACGCCAGCCAGAAAUGUACAGUUGUUUGAAAUAAAGUUAGUAUGGUGUUCUGAAA